UCGAUCACUAGUAAAGUCUAGAACCAUCAUAGACUAGGAGAAAAAGAGAGAUCUAUACAGUUAUUAAUGGAGACCAAGAAAAAUACCAUUAGUAUACUCAUGCUACCAUGGUUAGCACAUGGUCAUAUAAGUCCAUUUCUAGAGCUAGCCAAAAAACUCACAAAUAGAAAUUUCCACAUUUACAUGUGUUCCACUCCCAUAAACCUAAUCUCCAUCAAGAAAAGUGUAACAAAUAAAUAUUCUCAAUCAAUAGAAUUAGUUGAGCUUCAUCUUCCAUCUCUGCCAAAUCUUCCUCCUCAUUACCACACCACGAAUGGCCUCCCACCCCAUCUCAUGAACACUCUCAAAACAGCUUUUGAAAUGGCGGCUCCAAGUGCGGCUGUAGUUGCAUUAGCCCUCCACAUGUUUGAUAAGAGGGGAGGAGAAAACUUCCCAUUUCCUGAAAUUUACCUGCGUGAAUACGAGAUGCUUCAAAUGAAGAAGCUGAUGGAAGAAUCACAAGAUGACAAGUCCCCAUUCGACGAGGCUCUUGCACAAUCUAGCGAUAUUAUUCUAGUGAAAACUUGUAGAGAUUUUGAAGGGAAAUAUAUGGAUUAUCUCUCAAAAUUAGUUUCCAAAAAGAUAGUACCGGUUGGUUCACUAGUUCAAGAUUCCAUUAACCAAGAUGACAACGAGGAGGUCAUUACGCAAUGGCUUGACAAGAAAGAAAAAAGUUCAACUGUGUUUGUUUCAUUUGGGAGUGAGUAUUUUUUAUCCAAGGAGGAAAUCCAUGAAGUAGGUCAAGGACUAGAGCUUAGUAAAGUGAACUUCAUUUGGGUAAUUAGGUUUCCACAAGGUGAAAAUAUUAGUAUUCAAGAUGUACUAUCAAAAGAGUUUUUAGAAAGGGUAGGAGAAAGAGGAAUGGUUUUGGAAAAAUGGGCUCCACAAGCCGUGAUUCUACAACACACGAGUGUUGGUGGAUUUGUGAGUCAUUGUGGAUGGAGUUCUUUUAUGGAAAGUAUGAAGUUUGGUGUGCCCAUAAUUGCAAUGCCAAUGCAUAUUGACCAACCAAUGAAUGCUAGAGUUGUGGAAUAUAUUGGGAUGGGAGUUGAAGCAUUGAGGGAUGAGAAUGGGAAGCUACAAAGUGAAGAAAUAGCAAAGGUGAUAAGGAAAGUGGUAAUUGAGGAAAGUGGUGAGGGCGUGAGGAAGAAAGUUAGAGAAUUGAGUAAAAAAAUGAAUAUGAAAGGGGAUGAAGAGAUAGAUGGAGUGGUGGAAGAGUUAGUGGCACUUUGUAGCAACAAAUGAUUAGCAAUAUGAUUUACUCUCUCCAUUUAUGUAUUUUAGUUUGAUUGGACACGGAAAUUCAGAAAGUAUUUUUUUUAUCUUCUAAUCUUAGAUCAAAUGUAUGUAUAAUGUAUCAAAAUAUCAUUUAAAUCUGUAGUUUUGAAUA